AUGUCUUUUCACGAGCGUAAGAAUAAAAAGCGGAAGACGGCCCACAAUGGCCAGCAAGAUAGAACUUCAUUCAAGCCCUCUGCUAGCUUCGCUCCCACGGAAGGCGGCAGAGAUUGGACGGUAUCAGUCGCCAUCCCAACCAGCAUCUUGACCAACCUAGCGACCGCGGACCAACGCAUGUCCAUACCGGGACGAAUCGCCCGCGCCCUCGCCGUCUUCGCCGUUGACGAGGUCGUCGUAUUCGACGACUCGCCAGCCUCCUCCCGUCCGCGACAAACAGACACAGCGGGCUACACAGGCGACACCGACCCGGCCCAUUUCCUCACACACAUCCUCUCGUUCCUCGAAGCGCCGCCGUUCAUGCGCAAGGCCCUCUUCCCACUACACCCCAACCUCCGCUUGACCGCGCUCCUCCCCAGCCUGGACAUGCCUCACCACCCCAAUCCCAAAGAUUGGAUCUCCUACCGCGAGGGCGUCACCAUUCCCGGCAAAACCAGCACAGGAAGCGGCACCCUCGUGGAGGUCGGACUCGACGAACCCGUCGAAAUCGAAGAGGACAUCCCGCCCAAGACCCGCCUCACUCUCCUCUUCCCCGACGACCAGUCCCAGUAUCCCCAGUGCGUGGACCCCCAAGCGCCCCGGACAGAAGGCGGCUACUACUGGGGGUAUACCGUCCGAAAAUGCCCCUCCCUCAGCUCAGUGUUUACGGAAAGCCCGUACGAGGACGGCUAUGAUUUCAGCAUCGGCACCUCGGAGCGCGGGACCCCCAUCUCCAAGGCAUUCUCGUCGAAACCCCUCAAAUUCAAGCACCUGCUCAUUGUGUUUGGCGGACCGCGCGGGCUGGAGUUUGCGUCCAUGAACGACGAGGAACUGGUAAAGAUGGACAUCCAGGGCGGCCGGACGAGGGAGCUGUUCGACCAGUGGGUGAAUGUGCUCCCGGGGCAGGGCAGCAGGACGAUUCGGACCGAGGAGGCGCUGUUUAUCGCGCUGACGGCGCUGAGGGGACUGUGGGACGGCAAGUAG